AGCUCUCCCCGCUGCGUUGGUCUUUUCUUGUGUUUUUUCGUCCUCCAUAGUGAACUGGACCUGAGCCUACUGGUCUAAAGUUCCACAAUAACCAGUGGCUCUUCCCUGCUUUGUUGCGGGGCAUCUUCGUGACUCAAUGGCGCAUAAAUUUCCACUGGUAUACUCGCUGCAGCAGAGAAGCUGAGAGGUUCCGAACGGUUCUGUUCUUCCAUUUUUUUUCCUCCACAUUUUUCAGUAGGGGGUGGACGAGAUGUACUCGACCUGGCCGAUGAGCGUGGCGGGGCCCACCUCGACCCACCCCUGAGUGUCCCGGCGCCUUCUGGACAUCAGGCCUUACCGAGUGAGCCCGUUGACCUGCAAAAAUGAGAGUGAGCAGGUCUAACAUCCUCCUGGGCUCCGUCCUCCUUUGCUCUGCCUCAUUGCUCUACCUGGGUCUCAGCGGCCUCGACUGCCCCCCCAAAAGCCACCGCUUGCGCUGGGCGGAGCUUCACAGAGCCUCGGCCAACCACAACACCUCGCUAAUGGAGCACCUCCCAGAGGACACGCCCCUCAUCUUCAUCGGUGGCUUUCCCCGCAGCGGCACCACCCUCAUGAGGGUAAUGCUGGACGCCCACAAUGCUGUGCGCUGCGGCGAGGAGACCCGCGUCAUUCCACGCCUUCUCACCAUGCGCGCCUCCUGGAGCCGCUCUGUCAAGGAGCGCAUCCGGCUGGACGAGGCCGGCGUCACCGACCAGGUUCUGGACUCGGCUGUACGCGCCUUCCUGUUAGAGGUGAUCGUGGGUCACGGAGAACCUGCUCCUCGUCUCUGCAACAAGGAUCCAUUUGCCUUGAAGUCUCUGACUUACUUGGCCCACAUCUUCCCUAAGAGCAAGUUUGUUUUGAUGGUGCGAGACGGACGAGCCUCCAUCCACUCGGUCAUCUCUCGUAAGGUCACCAUCUCGGGCUUCGACCUCAACAACCACCGAGACUGUCUGAGCAAGUGGAGCGGCGCGGUGGAGACCAUGUUCAAUCAGUGCGUGGCGGCCGGCGAGGACCGAUGUCUGCCCGUGCGCUACGAGCACCUGGUCCUCCACCCCGAGCAGGAGAUGAGGAAGCUGCUGCACUUCCUGGAACUCCAGUGGGACCCAGCGGUCUUGCAUCACGAAGAAUUGAUUGGCAAGGCUGGAGGCGUGUCUCUGUCCAAAGUGGAGCGCUCCACAGACCAGGUGGUGAAGCCGGUCAACACAGAUGCCCUGGUCAAGUGGGUGGGUCACAUCCCAGAUGAGGUGGUGGAUCACAUGGCUGAGAUUGCCCCCAUGCUGGCCCGCCUCGGCUACGACCCGCAUGCCAACCCGCCUGACUACAUGAGGUCGCCAUCGCUGUCCAGUCGCUCACAGACUUGGAAAGUAACAGAACCUCCUCGACCUGCUUAGGAGGACAAAAACGCUUUGGUUUUUUUUUUGAUGCACCUUAAAGGCAGACUUCCUGUCCAGAGCUAUAAAUGCCUCACCGCCAUGUUUUACAUUUUGUUGUGGUCGUCAGCGUCUGGACAGAAUGCCACUAUGGACCAGGUUGUGACAUCAUGUGACCCCGCCCCUCUCCGCUGUCACCUCACCAAGAAUGUGAAAGUUGAGUUUAGGACUUUUAAGAUGUUUGACUAUUUUCUUAAUAAAUUAUUUUGGUGGUCCUCAGCAGGCGCCCUCUAGUGGUGCACACUGGCAUGUCAUCCUAGCAUAAAGAAUGUCAACUUCAUUAAACUGCUGUUACGACUGCA